GAUCAUAUACUUCUGUCAUUACAUCACAAUGGACGACAACGUGUAGUACUCCAGUGAUUAGGUACCAAGUGAUGUCAACAGGAAGGCGAUAAAUGGUGGUAUGGGGGAUGUGUACCGAUACCCAGCCUAAUUGAUGGUAUUAACAAUGAUCUGCCUCAAUAUCAGACCUGCUGAGAGACGGAACCAUUGUACGGAGCACUACUGAUGAUUAGGCUAUUACGAUACGAGUGUUUAAUUCCACUGCCAUUGUAAACAGCACUGUGUCAACUAUUGUCGUCGCUUUGUCUGCAUUUGUACUAAACUUGUGAGAUUAAAUCGUACCAUGCUUUACUCAGGUGCGUACGUAGGGCACCUCGAACUGGUUCCACUUGGAUUUGUUUAUGUCGGACGUUAAUGAACAGAUUAGAAAAUUCUACUCGGAUGUGUAUGGCCACCUUUGUAGUAUCAACCACUUCAAUCUGAGGUAGGAUCGUCUCGGUCACGCCGGUCGUAUCAUCACCUCUCUCGACAGGCCGUGUCAUCACAACUAUUGGGUAUUGUUUUCUCACCUGUAAACAUUUCUCUCACUUCUACAUUGACUAUAGCCAGUUCACAAUCUAUCACGAUCUACUGUACAUAACAUCGGCGUGUAUUUGUGUUGACAUUGGCCUCGAUGAUUUUACUAAUGUACCAGUAAACGUUGAGUCAGCGGACCUCGACCCAGUCACCUGUGAACCUCUUUGGGACGGAAUCGUCUAUUUCGAUCGCUAGUGAUAUUCAAUUGAUAACGUAUGAAAGCUAGGUCAGGAACUGCAUUAUUUACACUCCUCAAGAUCUGACGUCAUCGGAGGGGACUCUUUACUAGUCUGUGUCCAGUGUGUCGUAGUAAAACACCUCAUUAUUCACAACACAGGAUAGCGACUAGCUGGCCGUGACUGUAUCUCAUUCAACUGUUGAGCGUGAUCAUGCAAAGCGUGACGGAGAGGUAAUUAAUUAAAAGUAAACUUGUUAGCCGAUGGCCGGUGUAUACUGAUAACACCAGGUUGUGUUAUGCACAGUAAACAUGUUGUGAUUACGAUAGUGUGAAAACAUAUUUAUCCAAUAUGAAUCGCCUUCAAGUUGUUAACAUGGAGACUAUGGAGGACAUCCGACCGCGAUGUAACUCCGACUCCAGACUGAUGAAACCACCGAGUGGAAAAGGUCUCAGGACUACCGAAAAUAUUGUGGUUCUCCCAGAAAUUCUGGUGGAAGAUUUCUCGGAAAUGAAGAUUCAGGUGAAAGAGAAAUUUGAAAGUGGUUCUUUAAAAAUCAAAGAAGAUUUUAGAAGAUGUAGUGAUGUUGGCUUUAAAACUGACACAGAGCCGUUUGCGAGACCUCGUGCCAAUACCUGCCCAGAUGACAUGUUUCGUCCAGUACGGAGGCGUCCCUCCACUCCACCUCCGAGAGACAUGGAGCACUCUGCCAUCCGAAGGGACAUGAAAAACAAGCGGAGAUCAGGAGGAAAGUUGUUUUCUUUCGCCCCUCACAGCCUUAGUAAAGUGACAGAGGACACAUUGGAGGGCACAAAAACAGACGUAUUAAACGGAGAUACACAAUGUAAUCAUUCGACUAUGUUUAAGUCUGGUCUGUGAAAUUGUUAAUCAGAUGUAGUUCUUUGGGGUGAUGUUGUUGAAUGAUUCUGUCCAAAUAUAUAGAGUGAGUUACAUGGAUGUUUAAGUGGAGAGUGCAAUUGUGGACAAGGCCGGAAUUGUGACAUUACGGACGGUGUCAAGUUAUAUGGCGGUAUUUCAAGUGUUUCCUGAACGUACACAAUGUACGUGUAUGACCAACGUAUGCGUGUGUAUGUGUGAAUAUACAUGUGUAUCGAUUUGAUAUGUGGAAGCGCGGUUUGUAUGUGUUAUAUUUAUUGUAGCUUUAUGCACUAUGUGUAACUGUGAGAUAAUUAAUUAUAUUUUAAUUACACGUAGUUCGUGUCUGAGUUUAUGUUGACUGCCCAUUUUAGUCAUGUCAUUGCCACAUGUGCGAAUCCCUCGGGGUUAAAUACCUUAAACAUUACUAUACAUUCAAAGGAUAAACAAAAUUGUGAUAACGGCCGGGUUAAACGGUUUAUUGUAUCAACGUAAACACCUGGGACAAUCAUUGUUAUUAUGGCAAGAUUUGAAAUGAGGAAAGAUUAAGUAGCCACAAUCAUGUAUGAACGACUGAAUAUAUAUAUAUAUAUUUGAUCAUUACGCUCUGGUGCAUAGCACGGGAUUUUACGCUCCGUCAAACAAUAUCUGUUAGUAUAUGUAUGUAUAGAUGCGUUCUACCGAAAAUCACUUUUAAAUCUCAACAGUCAUAAUAUAUAUGGUGGAAUUACAAAGCCUAUACACACCACACUCAGACAGUCACCUGUACUGGGGAAUGUAAAUGGGGUCUGGGCAAUUAGUGAAGGAACAUUCCUAAGUGAAUGAACGUUGUCAGAACCAUAUCAGAUGAAAACACAAUAUGUCACCUUUAUUGGUACGAAAAUUGAUCAGGUUCGGUUUGUACGUAGACAGGUUGUUUUGACACAGAGUCUAGCAGAAUUACUACACAGCGUGUAUAAUCGGAAUACCCUAUACCCACAAACUUUCGAUGGUGGAAUCCACAACAAAGAAAAUAACCUAUAUACAGUAUUAAUAUUAUAAACCAAGUAUAGAACUAUAUUUGUUAUCAUCUUAAACAUUAAAAGUAUACCUCGUCACAUUUUAACAAA